AAUAAUGAAGCCAUGCCUAAAACAAUCAACAAUUUUCCCCAUGUACCAGUUUCAUUCAUAAUUUUCGUUCGUUGCAGCUGGCAAUGCUGUCGUGCGCUCAUCGCUCUCCCAAUUGGAAAUCAAAUCUCAACGAAUACACACAACGAAAUUUACGUUUGCUUUAUGCAGUCUGCCAUCUUUGAUUUUCACAGUCUGCGGACGAACGUGUCGAUUUUUUAAGUGUAGAAAUGUUUGAUAGGCACAGAUUUUCAGCAAUUUGAAUAACUGAAUUUUAAAAGUGUAGAGUAUUUGCCGAAACAUGCACUUAUGAAAAAUUGUAUAUCGUUUUUUGCAGUGCGAUAGUUGUUUACAUGAGUUCUUUUCUGCUGCCGUGGUAAUCAAUUUCCAAUUGAAUACAACCUGCUGGUAAAGGAAAGAAAAUAAAAAGCUGGUUAAAUGAGAUGAAUUGCGAAUAUAUAAACUGAGAUUUGAUUGACCAAGUCCCUGAAAUAUAGCGAAAUUUAAGGAAGUAACUUUGGUCCUUUGUUGGUUUCUUAGCAAAAAUGGAUAUGAUUGCAACAAAGGCAGCACCCGAUUCGCCUCCCAACUCGUCAAGCCCCAGCACAUCUACAGCUCAACCAUCUGCUACUGCUACUGGCACUAAAUCAGCGAUGCUGGUGCAUCUGACCACCGAUGGUGUUCCCAAAUUGCACUGUCCUAUUUGCGACAAGGCGCUAGUAUCCCUCAGUGGUUAUGUAAAGCAUGUAAAGAAACAUGAGCCACCAGGUGGCUUCAUCUGCCGUUAUUGCGAUGGACGUUUCUGCUCCGAUGAUGAAUUGAAAAAGCAUCGCGCUGAAGUACAUACAACGAUUAUAUGCCGUCUCUGUACUGAAGUGACAUUUACCAACGAAAAUGACUAUCGCGAACAUAUACGCAUUUUGCACGAUGGCAUCGACAGAGAAAUGUUCAAGUGUGACAAAUGUGGUGCAGUAUAUAAAACGCUGUAUCCAUUCAAACGCCACAUGGAGACAGAAUGUGGUACAAUCAAACCGUACAAGUGUGAACAAUGUUCGAUGAGUUUUGUAACCAAAUACAAUCUCAAGCAACACAAGGUGUUACAUACGGGUGAGCGUAAAUAUUGCUGUAGCUAUUGUGGCAAGAACUUUUUACAAAAAGGACGACUUGUCGAACACGAGCGUUCGCACACUGGCGAAAAACCACAUAAAUGUGAUGUCUGUGGCAAAUGUUUUGCACAUCGCGAGAGCAUUGUUACGCAUUCCUCGAUACAUACGGGCAUUCGUUUAGUGGAGUGUAAAUGUUGCCUUACACGUUUCUCAUGUCAUUCGAAUUUAAUCAAACAUCGACGUACACGCCCCGACACAUGCGGAUUACCGGAAUUCGAUCCUCCUAAGCAACGUUUGCGGACACAUUGCCUAAGAAUACCGCCAACUCUUAAUCCUACCUCGGAAAUAAAAGUAAGCAAUUCUAACCGUGUAAUCAAACCGGACCAUAAGGCGCAAUUGCGCAAACGGCCUAAAAAAGAGCUUAAAAAAGUUCAACGGACAAAAUCAACAGCACGUAAAAGUACUGCUACAGGGCCCGGAGCUAUAACAGAAGAAAGAGUUACAAAUUUAAUAGAUGGUUUGGGCGGUGUUACAAAGUUAGAAAAGGAAUCGAGCAAAUAUGCUUCGGACUCUGACGAAGAUUAUCCAGGCUUCGAUCCAGCCGAUAGUGACAGCGAGUAUGAGUAUAAAGCUGAUGUAAAGUCAUCACUUACGAAAGAGGCGAGCAUAAAAGAAGAGAAUGGCAUACAAAUAGUCAACGAAAUAGACGACGAGCACUCAUUUGAAGACGACGAACUUGAAUUCAUUGAUUCUCGACGAUUUGUUGAUGGCGAACUCGGCAUAAAAUCAGAGAACGACGAUAAGGUUAAACUACUCGAUUGUUUAUUGAAUGACGAUGUUGUAAAGAAUGGUUCAACGCGUAGAAUAACGAAAACGGAGCCAGCUAGUCUACAAGAGACUGAACUGGUUUUUGUCAAAAAUGAGAACGAUGUCAAUUAUGCAGAGGAGGAGGAUAUUUUAAAUAUUGAUCAUCCUGACAAUUCAAUGAUACCGCCAUGUAAAAUCACGCUCAUAGACGUUUGUCAACGCUAUCCAGCUCUUAAAGGCGAUUCAAGCGUGAUAGUUGCACGAAAUGCCGCAUCCUUCCCCCGUCCGAAGAAACGAUCUUCUGCUAAAGGCCGGAAUAUGCGUUUAGACGUCGACGAUCGGGUGAAGGUACCAAAAGCGAAAAUACGCCAGUCCAUUGAAAAUAAUAAACCAACGAAUUCCGAAACCGAUGAAAAUGCAGAACACGCGUUCACUGGUGGUGUUGGUGAGGAAAAAGGAGAGAUGCCCUUUUUUGGUGAUGAUGGCCAGGAAAAUCUACAAAAUGGUGAGAUUGGCGAAGAAAACUUAGAAAACGUUUAUUUUAGUGAUGAAGGUGAUGCAAAAGAAGAAAUUAUGUCUCUUGGAGUUGAUGAUGCAUAUGUUGGUAAUAGUAGUGUAAAUGAUGAAGAAGAUAUGCUGCAAGAAAUCAAUUCCCAAUUGAGCCUCCAUGAACACAAAGAGCAAGAUAUAAAGAAGCAAAAGCGUGGACGCAAACGACGCAAAUUAUCAAAAAAUACUACUGUAUCGAAUUCUGCCGAUGAAAAUGGAGAAACCCAGGGCAAAAUACGUAAAUCAGGGCGCAUGGCUAAAUUGUCUCAGAAAGAAUUAAAAGCGCGCUUAAAACAGACAAAGCGUGCAGAAAAGCCUUGGCAAUGCCCUUACUGCAUAAAAGUAUAUCACAUACGCAAACCAUUUGAAAAUCAUUUACGCGUCGAUCAUAAACGGCCGGAAGAAGAACUUAAGGAAAUGUUUAAAUCUGAAGAAGCAGUAAUAGAUGACGGAGAAGUUUUUAAGUGCCAUAUAUGCCACAAAAUAUAUUUGAUGGAAAAGCGUUUGACUAACCAUAUAGAAAUGCAUGGUCCUGAUGGCAGCUUGACCUUUAAAUGCCCCUGUUAUUGUUCGCUAUAUUUCGCUACAAAAGAGGAUGCAACAGCACAUGCGCGCAAAGAGCAUCGCGAUUUGAUUUAUUGUAAUAUUUGCGAAAAAUAUAUGACUGGACAUGAUUCGCUUAAAAAUCACAUGCGAAAACAUGAGCAGGAGAAGGAUAGCAAGUCUUUAUCGAAACGAAAUUUCGUGUGUGAUAAAUGUGGAAAGAAAUUUUCUGGGCGCACGUCCCUAACUGAUCACGUACGCUCUGAUUGUGGACGCAAACCACUUUAUGAGUGCAAUAUAUGUGGCAAGAAUUUAACAACCGCGGGUAUAUUAAAAACUCACCUGCUGCUGCAUAAAGAUGACACCCCCUAUCAGUGCGAUAAAUGCGGCAAGACAUUCAAAGUAAAAGCUCAAUACAAGACGCAUUUAAAAACGCGGCACACCGAUUAUAAGCCUUUCACGUGUCAUUUAUGCCCCAGAGCAUAUCCCUACCGCGAGUCGCUGCUCACUCAUAUGACCGUGCACACGGGCAUCAAACGUUUCCUCUGCAAUGGGUGCGGCAAGCGCUUCACUUGCGUCUCUAAUUUGCAAGCACAUCGAAAGGUGCAUUCAGAAACGUGUGGUCAACUUCCAUUAAACGCGAAGGCAACACAGUAUAUGGGCGUACAAAAGGGAAAUCUAUUAUUGGGCGCAAAACCGGAAGCCGGUGUUGAUUAUAAGGAAACCAACACGCUGCUAGCAAAAGAAGUAAUUGAUCGCGAUCGGCCAAUUACACAGGAAAUUAAUUAUCCCUCAGAACCAUCAGCGCCUUUGGCAACUGUGCCACUGAACUACACUCAGUCUACAACACAUUUGUUGCUGCCGCAAGUUGUAUCACACUACACAUGAGAUGUCAUCAACGGCAACAGCAUGUCCUUGAUAGAGUAAAAUAGUGUAUUAAAUUAACUAAAAACAAAAUGUCUACUAUCGAUUACUCAGUUUCUUUUAAAGAGCAGUUCAUUUAUUUGCAUUAAGCAUAAAAUAAGACUUAUCGAUAUAUUUCUAAAAAUUUAAUAAGUCAUGAUUUCAGUUAUAAACACCAUUUAAAAUCUAAAUU